GUGGUCGCUCGACUUAUCGGUGAUCUUUCAAACCUCUUAGUCCUGUCAGGACGUUUAAUCGAUCGCAGUGCGGCUAGAUCGAAAAUCGGACAUAGAGAAUUGCUCUUGAGCUAAAAUGAUUUUCAACCGGUUUCUAUUAAGAGCUGUUCUCGACAGCAGAGUUGGGUCCAGGUCUGUAUUCACAAGCUCCAAGCCUGACACUGCCAACCCCAACUGGCUGAGAGUUGGCCUUGCUUUUGGAACAUCUGUUUUCCUAUGGGGCCUGCUCUUCAGACAGCACAGUGCAGAUGUACAGGAGUACAAAGUGAGGAAUGGCCUGGAGUGACCCACCACACUGGGGGUCAUCUGGUUCUUUCUAUGGGAUGCACCUGUUUCUCCAUUUGUUUCUAUUUCCACUGUUCCUGAUUCCUCUGUAUUCUGUGUAAAAUAAAAAUAUAUCAUGUGAAAUA